CCUCAUCACGCCUGUGUGCACCCCAGCCCCUGAAUUCCUGGUCCCCCCCACUCCGCCCCAGACAUUGUAACUGCACCCCACCUCCCCGUAACUGGGCUGGUGACAGCAGCAGCUUGUGCACGAUAUGGAUAACCGGAGCCGGUGGAGGAGAGCAAGAACGGUUUGGGACUGUGCUGUAACUUUACAAAUCCUCAUCCUCUCAGUAAUAACUUAUGUAAAUGCAGUGGAGCCAGUGGAUGUCCUGAAAGUUCUAGAACUUCACAAUUUACCUGAAGGAAUAGAGAGAACGACAGGAUUUUGUGCCAACCGAAAGACAUCAAGGACCGCAGAUGUUGCCUACACAGUAACCAAAUCAGCACAGCUCAGUGCUCCAACCAAACAGUUAUACCCAGAUUCAACAUUCCCUGAGGAUUUCUCCAUCUUGCUGACAGUUCGUGCCCGGAAAGGAAAUGCAGCCUUUCUCCUGUCCCUCUACAAUGAACAGGGUAUCCAACAGUUAGGAGUGGAACUCGCUCGCAGCCCCAUUUUCCUCUAUGAAGACCAGACAGGGAAACCAAGCCCAGAGGAGUAUCCCGUUUUUACCGGAGUCAACCUGAUUGAUGGGAAAUGGCAUCGGGUAGCAAUCAGUGUGCACAAGAAGACGGUUACCAUGAUCCUGGAUUGCAAAAAGAAGCUCCAGAAAUCACUAAACAGGAGCAAACAGCCCGAGAUUGACACAAAUGGUAUUGUUGUGUUUGGAACGCGGAUUUUGGAUGAAGAUGUCUUUGAGGGUGAAAUCCAGCAACUCUUGAUUGUGCCUGACCACCGAGCUGCUUAUGAUUACUGUGAACAUUACAGCCCAGACUGUGAGAGUCCCCUGCCUGAUUCACCACAGUCUCAGGAUCCCAACCUCGAUAAUUACGACCCUUCGGUGGAUAAUUAUUAUUACGAAUAUCCAUAUUAUGACGACAUCCUAGGGAAUAUUAAUGAAGACCCCACUAAAACAAUCCCAGAAUAUGGAGAGCAGAUCACAGGGCCUGUCACUGAAGUGCCAGACCAUCAGGAGACCCCAACUGAAGGUGAAGAUGCCUACGAGGAGCCAACAACCACCAUGCCAGAAACUACAACUUUAGAAGCUUACCCGUCAUUGGUGACAAGUUAUUAUGACAUCUAUGGAGAUGAAUAUUAUUAUCCAGAAAUACCACUCAUCGAUGAAACAUUGGACAAAGAUGACUAUGUUGUUUCAGGAGGAGAUUGGCUUGACAAUCAGACCCAGACUGUCAGUCCGGAAGUGUUUGCACACAACGACACCAUCUUGGAAGGAAAUUCUGAUUACACCGUCAACGAGGAUCUGGACAAGAGAACAGGACCAGAGGAGACAGAAGACAAAUUCAACGUAACCACAAUCGGCGAAGAAGAUGACAACUCAUUCUAUGAUGACUAUGAGGUCUAUUAUGAAUAUGAAGAACUCGAUAACAACCGAGAAAUCGGCCCUGUCUCCCCAGUGAUCACAGAUAACAUCCGCGAAGUGGGCACUGGACCAAAGGGUGAAAAGGGACAGAAAGGUGAACCUGCCAUUAUCGAACCAGGAAUGCUGAUCGAAGGGCCCCCGGGAAGAGAAGGACCAUCUGGAAGUCCCGGACGCUCUGGACCCCCAGGACCUCCGGGACCAGUCGGUGAUCCAGGGCUGAGGGGACCCCGUGGACGGUCUGGACUGCCUGGAGCUGAUGGCUUACCUGGACCCCCUGGGACCAUGCUUAUGCUGCCGUUCCGCUUCACUGGUGGUGGCAGUGCAGGAGAGAAGGGACCAAUGCUGUCUGCUCAGGAAGCUCAAGCCCAGGCGAUAUUACAGCAGGCCAGGCUGGCAUUGAGAGGACCAACUGGACCAAUGGGAUUAACUGGAAGACCAGGCCCUAUUGGACCACCUGGAUACCUCGGGAUCAAGGGUGAAAUGGGAGACAUUGGGCCUCAGGGUCCAAGAGGGGGACAAGGCCCACCCGGCCCAACAGGGAAACCAGGCCGAAGGGGUCGACCUGGAGCUGAUGGAUCGAGGGGAAUGCCAGGCCCAUCUGGGAGAAAGGGAGACCGGGGAUUUGAUGGACUGCCUGGGCUUCCGGGUGAGAAGGGAAACAGAGGGGAUGCAGGGCCACAGGGACCUCCUGGACCUCCAGGGGAGGAUGGCGAUAGGGGUGAUGAUGGAGAAGCAGGACCAAGAGGAUUACCAGGUGAACCUGGCCCUCGUGGAUUGUUGGGCCCAAAGGGACCUGCUGGACCUUCAGGACCCCCAGGGGUGACGGGAAUGGACGGGCACCAUGGACCAAAAGGCAGCCAGGGUCCUCAAGGUGAACCUGGACCCCCAGGACAGCAGGGGAAUCCAGGAGCUCAGGGUCUCCCUGGGCCUCAGGGACCAAUCGGGCCUCCAGGAGCUAAAGGACCCACUGGCAAACCAGGUCUACCAGGACUACCAGGGGCAGACGGACCACCGGGUCACCCUGGCAAGGAAGGUCCAGCUGGAGAGAAGGGCAGCCCGGGUCCAACUGGGCCACAGGGUCCCAUUGGCUACCCAGGACCACGUGGUGUCAAGGGUGCUGAUGGUGUACGUGGCUUGAUGGGACAUAAAGGCGAGAAGGGUGAAGAUGGUUUCCCAGGAUUCAAGGGUGAUAUGGGAGUAAAGGGUGACAGAGGUGAGAUUGGUCCUCCUGGUCCCAGGGGAGAAGAUGGUCCUGAGGGUCCAAAGGGCCGGUUUGGGCCACCGGGAGAUAAUGGCCCACCUGGAUCAGUUGGUGAAAAGGGAAAACUUGGAGUUCCAGGAUUGCCAGGCUACCCAGGAAGACAAGGACCAAAAGGUUCAAUUGGAUUCCCAGGAUUUCCAGGAGCGAAUGGCGAGAAAGGAGUGAGGGGUGCUCCAGGAAAAGCCGGACCCAGAGGGCAGAGAGGCCCAACGGGGCCAAGAGGUGAACGUGGCCCAAGAGGAUCCACAGGGAAAGCCGGACCUAAGGGGAGCUCAGGCAAUGAUGGUCCACCAGGUCCAACUGGUGAGAGGGGACCACCUGGACCUCAGGGACCAAUGGGAUUUGCUGGACCCAAGGGACCCCCUGGCCCACCUGGCAAGGACGGCUUACCUGGACAUCCUGGGCAGCGAGGUGAAACUGGUUUCCAAGGCAAGACUGGCCCACCUGGUCCUCCUGGAGUGGUCGGCCCACAAGGUCCCACAGGAGAGACUGGCUCCCUCGGUGAACGUGGUCAUCCAGGGCCUCCCGGUCCUCCUGGAGAACAAGGUCUGCCUGGAUCCGCUGGGAAAGAAGGUGCAAAGGGAGAUCCUGGUCCCGCUGGUCCUCCUGGAAAGGAUGGUCCUCCCGGCCUCCGAGGAUUCACUGGUGAACGUGGUCUCCCAGGACCCUUGGGUCAGAUUGGUUUGAAAGGCAGUGAAGGACCCCCUGGGCCCCCAGGCCCCCUGGGCUCUCCAGGCGAUCGGGGUCAGGCUGGGCCGGCAGGACCGAUUGGACUCCCUGGACGACCUGGGCCUCAAGGUCCCCCAGGCCCUGCUGGUGAAAAGGGGGCCCCUGGUGAGAAAGGACCUCAGGGACCAGCAGGUCGUGAUGGAGUCCAGGGUCCCGUUGGUCUCCCAGGUCCAGCUGGUCCAUCGGGACCACCAGGGGAAGAUGGAGACAAGGGUGAAGCUGGUGAGUCAGGACAGAAAGGCAGCAAAGGUGACAAAGGUGAACAGGGUCCACCUGGUCCAUCAGGACCUCAAGGCCCCAUUGGACAACCUGGACCAGCUGGUGCAGAUGGGGAACCUGGUCCGAGAGGGCAACAAGGUCUCUUUGGUCAGAAAGGUGAUGAAGGCCCAAGGGGUUUCCAUGGUCCUCCUGGUCCAGUUGGUCUUCAGGGUUUACCUGGCCCAUCAGGUGAGAAAGGCGAAACUGGUGAUGUGGGACCAAUGGGUCCCCCUGGGCCUCCAGGACCCAGAGGCCCAUCUGGUGCACCAGGGGCAGAUGGUCCACAAGGCCCUGCAGGCGGAGUUGGAAACCCAGGAGCUGUGGGCCAGAAGGGUGACACUGGAGAGGCGGGAGCACCAGGACCUCCAGGAUAUUUGGGAAUGCCAGGACCUAAAGGUGAACGAGGCGAGAAAGGUGAAUCUGGACCAUCUGGUGCUGCUGGACCUCCAGGUCCUAAAGGUCCUCCUGGAGAUGAUGGUCCAAAAGGAAGUCCUGGACCAGUUGGUUUUCCUGGUGACCCCGGUCCCCCUGGUGAAGCAGGACCUCCGGGCCAAGAUGGACCUCCAGGAGACAAGGGAGAAGAUGGUGAACCAGGACAGAUUGGCUCUCCUGGUCCAACUGGUGAAGCAGGACCACCUGGUCCUCCAGGAAAGAGGGGUCCCCAUGGUCCUGCAGGUCCUGAGGGGAGACAAGGAGAGAAAGGAGCAAAGGGAGACCCUGGUGCUGAAGGUCCUGCAGGUAAGACUGGCCUAGUUGGUCCACAAGGAUCUCCAGGUAAGCCAGGCUCCGAGGGUCUGCGAGGGAUUCCAGGUCCUGUUGGUGAGCAAGGUUUGCCAGGUCCCCCUGGUCCAACAGGACCACCAGGCCCAAUGGGUCCUCCUGGAUUGCCCGGCCUCAAAGGUGACCCUGGUACAAAGGGUGAGAAGGGACAUCCUGGUUUGAUUGGUUUGAUUGGACCUCCAGGAGAACAGGGUGAGAAAGGUGACCGAGGCAUCCCAGGACCUCAGGGCCCUCAAGGUCCAAAAGGAGAUACGGGUGUCCAAGGUCAGUCUGGACCAAUUGGUCCUCCAGGUCCUCCUGGAUUAACGGGUCCACCUGGUCCUAAAGGUUCUAAAGGUUCCACUGGUCUGACAGGUCCUAAAGGUGAAGCAGGAAUACAGGGACCGCCUGGUCCUCCUGGUCCUGCUGGUGACGUCAUUCAACCAUUCCCAAUUCAUUCUUCAAAAAGAGCCAAACGUUCCAUCGAUGCCAGUCAGCUGUUGGAGGAAGGUCUUCCGGAUAAUUACCUCAACUACGCGGAUGGAAUGGAGGAGAUCUUCGGCUCCCUGAACUCCCUGAAACUGGAGAUUGAGCAGAUGAAACAUCCAAUGGGCACACAAAACAACCCUGCACGUACCUGCAAGGACCUGUACCUCUGCCACCCUGACUUCCCAGAUGGUGAAUACUGGAUUGACCCAAACCAAGGCUGCUCCAGAGACUCGUUCAAGGUUUUCUGUAACUUCACAUCUGGAGGAGAAACUUGCAUCUUCCCAGACAAGAAAUCAGAAGGAAGUAAACUGGCUCGUUGGCCGAAAGAGCAGCCGGGUGCUUGGUAUAGUCAGUACAAGCGAGGUGCCCUGCUUUCCUACACCGAUGCUGACAGCAAUCCAGUCGGAGUGGUGCAGAUGACUUUCCUGAGGUUGUUGAGUGCCUCUGCCCAUCAGAAUCUGACCUAUAACUGCCACCAGACUGUGGCCUGGUAUGACUCGACCACUGACAGUUACGACAAGGCCAUUCGCUUCCUGGGCUCCAAUGAUGAAGAGAUGUCAUACGACAAUAACCCCUACAUCCAAGCCAUUGUAGACAAAUGCGCAACAAAGAAAGGUUACCAGAAAACGAUAUUACAGAUUAAUACUCCCAAAGUGGAACAACUUCCUUUCAUCGACAUCAUGUUCAAUGACUUUGGAGAAUCCGGCCAGAAGUUUGGUUUUGAAAUUGGACCAGUCUGUUUCGUGGGAUAAAACUGUUCGAAUCUUCACAGAGAGAGACAAAAACUGUUUUAAACACAGACACGGACACACACUCACAGACACCCAGACACACACAGAGGAAGAAUGAGAGAGUCUGCAGUAAACAACAAGUAACCUCAAUGAGCGAUUGACAGACCGAGAGUUGGAGCUGGUCCUGGGGAAAUCUUUACCUGGGAGUGAACGAUUCUGAAACAAACCUCAAAACAGCGCCGCAUGAAAUCAUAACCAUUCGCGGUCUUGCGAUCCCCCAGCCCUGAGAGGAGUGGACGGUGUUUCUGAUCAGGGCUGGGGGAGAGAGGCCGAAGUGUGCUCAGGCUCAGUCAGAGAAACCUUCCCAGGGUAAAUCCCCUGUGGAGACAGCCCCCACAUUGAGAACAGCCCCAGGCCCUUGUGUGUGUGUCUCUCUUUCUCAGACUUGAUAACUCUUCUCUCUCUUUCUCUCUAUUUCCAGCAGUUUCUCUUGUCUCAGAUGCAUAGUUUUUUUUAAAAGAAAAAUUCGUCAAAUAAAUGUUUUGAAUUGAAAACCUUCCUCAGAAAUGGUGCUGACAAUUUUGAUAUUUCUUUUUAAAACAAAUUUUUGUACGUUUGUAAGUAAAUAUUCUAUUGUAUAAUAUUUUAAUUCUUCCCGCAGCUUCUGGCUUUGGAAUCAAUGCAUGUGGCUCUGUUAAAAUGUACAAGGAUAACUCGUCAUUCUAUGUGCAAAAAAAAUAUAAAUAUAUCAAACAGUGUUAUUUGGGUUCAAUAAAACCUGCUCUGUUGCAUUAUCAAAAGCACGCGGCUCUAUCACAGAUACUUUACCGCCUCCUGCUGCUGUUUCCCAGGUUUUGAGCUCACUCCGCACGUUGAAUUUUCUGUGGGAAUUCUCUCCCGCUAAAGAAAACUAAAACGCUUUCUUUCCUUCCACUGCCUGGGCACUAAAUUCAUCAUUUUCUGUGAAGUGGGGUGGGGGUCUUCUGGUUUAAAACGUCUGCAUUUUGCAUCACUUAACAGCUACGUCUUUGCCAGAUGUGGGUGAAAAUUAACCGGGAGAAUCCGAGCAACGAGGGGACGAAGGCGUUUCCCGAAGAUUAGGUGCUAUUUAAACGCCUGGCCUGUGGUGCUACUGUGGCAGCUCCGGCUACCUGGUUUGAGUGGCUGCGCUGAGCCAGCUACAUUUCCCGGAACAUUGCUGUCCCCGGCCCUGAGGCUCGAAGCUCCCUGACGCUGCAUUCUGAUUCCCCUUGUUACACACACCCUUUCUUAUCAGUCCAAUAUCUUUCCAGGAACACACGAGACUCUCCUUUCCUAUGUAAGUGGUACAUUCAUUCACUUUCGGAGUGAGUGUUGUACGAGCGUGAGUUAACAGCUAAGCAGCCAGGACUAUUUGUGGUGCGAAAUCUAGAUUGAAGUUUUUGCGAGUGAUAGCCAUUGUCUUCAGUGACUUUGCACCCUCCCCGGUCUUUAUUUCAUCCAGUUAUUUUUUAUUCCUGUUUGAUUUCUUUGCUGUGAUUUGUUAGUCCCACCCAUCAGUCAUGGCCCCAGCUCCUUCCUUUCUGUUUAUUCUGUAUGUUAUCCAGCUCUUUCUCUUUCCUCCUGCAGCCCCUUUCAGUUUCAGCUUUUCUGAAAGCCUUUGCUCUCCCUCUCUCCCAUCUUCUUAACUUUUCAUGUUGCAUUUCGCAGUUUUCCUAUGGAUGUCUCUCUCUCUCCCCAACUCCCUUUCUACCCUUCUGAUUGCCUCUCUCAUACUCUGUCACACGUUCUCACAGACUCUCAUUCUCUUUCUCAUUUACACACACACACAUACACACACAACUUCUCUCACAGGAUCUCUCUCUGUGUCCCUCACCGUCUCUCUCUUUCUCCACCUCUAACAGUGUCUCUCUCACCGCUAUCCAAGCCGGAGUUGCCUUUGCAUUAAAGACUUUUGUAAUUUUAUUUUUCUUAAGAAACAUGUGACUUGAACAUAAAAUAUUGUUAAUGACGAACUGUUGGAGGGUUUUCUUGGUACUUUUUAUUGGUCCUGAAUCUUUAAGUCAGAUCGUUAUACUGUCAUGUGACAUAUUGUAAAUGUUUAUGAGAAUCCCAAUAAACUUGUUCAUGAAA